GUUCAAACGGCUAAGAUCAGUUCGGUUCGGUUCGGAACGGUGAGUCUAGAAAAGCGGUAAAAGUGUACAGAAAAACAACAGCUACACACACACACAUCUUUAACUCAAUCAAUUCUGGUUUAAAAACAAAUCUCAUUUAAAAACAAAAGAAAAAACAAACUCGUUAAAAAUGGUGGAAACAGUAGUUACCGUUGAACGCAACACUACCACACAAACAUCUACGCCCGUUGGCGGCGGUGGACUCAGCGCAUUAAAAAUCAAUAUCGGCUAUUUUCAGACACCGCCUGGCAUAUUGAAACUCGUGCAGUUCGUGUUCGGCAUAAUUUGUAUGGCCCUUGCUUCACCUGCCUACAUCGCCGCCACGUCAUUCUUCCUAUUCGUGGUUGUAAUCUCGUUCAUUGCGACAAUUUUGUGGAUUUUCGCUUAUCUGCUGGGCAUACGUGAAGCUCUCAAUGUGGCCGUCAAUUGGAUUUUCACAGAAUUGAUCAACACUGCGAUCUGCACUCUUUUGUACUUUAUUUCGUUCGUAGUGCAAUUGGCCAAGUGGUCCGGCUAUCCAAGUUCUUGGGGCUAUGGCUCGAAUAUUGCGGCCGGAGUCUUUGGUUGCUUCAACUUUUUGGCCUACGCUGCUGGCACAUAUUUCUUGUAUUUGACGCACAGGAGCGGUGCAAGUUAUUAGACAAAUCAAAAGAACAAAAUUAAGGAAACAAAGAAAAUAAUUAACAAUAAUAAUACAAAUAUAAUUAUAAAAUUUGCAAAGCAGAAAAAAAACAAAAACAAUACUAGUAGCUCACCUCAUAAACUUAUAUGUAUGCAUACCACCAAAAGCACUGAGCACAAUACUUCAUAGCAACAACAACAA